CGUAAAUCCAUGGCAUUUCCUAAAACAUACAGCCUUGGAGUGAUCACACUAAUCUUAACCUUUGGGGGCAUGCUCCAGGGGUUGGAGAUGUCGUCUCUAACCGCGUUUCUUCAUCUCAAACAAUCUAGAGACUUUAAUGGUUCCCUUGACAGUGAAGGGCAAAUGCUCGUAACGGCAGCAGGUCCCGUUGGCGCGUUCUUGGGUUGCUUGCUUGGGGGCCAUGUGUACGACUUUGUCGGGUUUAUCUGGACCCUGGAGCUCCUUUGUUUAUUCUGGGUGGCAGGAAGCGUCCUUUCCAUUAUUGAAACCGACAACUACAUGCUAAUUGGAUCCAGAGCGUUGAAAGGAAUAGCGGUAGGGAUGGUCUCCUCCAGCUUCUCAUGUUAUGUCUGUGACACCGUCCCCGUCCGUAAAAGAGGACGCAUCCUUGCGCUUAUCCAGGGAUCCACCAACUGGGGUGUAUUUCUGAUGCUUCUUACUGGCUACUUCUGCUCUUACAUCCCCGGCGAUUUAUCGUUUCAGUUAGGGUGGGGGGUGGAGAUGGUACCGGGAGUGCUCCUCUUGUUUACGGGCUUUUGCCUUCCAGAAUCUCCCAAAUGGCUUGCAAACAACUCGAAAUGGAUCGCUGCCACAAAAGUGGCGGAGAAAAUGCGGGAACAGGCUGAGAGAUCUAACCCUCCAAGGAAACAAACCGUGUUCCCCCAAUCAACUUCCGCGUCAACGCAGACGUUAAAGGCGAUAUCCAGCACCCAGGGGGUUGGGGAAUUGGAGAGAAUCCUCGAUACCAUGGUUAACAAUGAAAAGAAAAAGUUUCACUACCACGAUUUGUUUCGCAAGCGCUUACGCCAUUACACUGCCCUUGCCGUGUUUUCACAGGUUUUGGCACAGAUUUCCGGGAACACCAUGAUGGUGUAUUACAUUCUCACCCUCUGUAUCGCAUGCGGGGUAGAGGAAGACUACCACACGGCGGUGGUUGGCUUCCAGUUCAUGGCGAACGCUUUGUUCACAGUUUUACCAGUGCUCUUUCUCGAUAGUUGCAGGCGUAAAAAUGUACUUGUGUUUGGGACUUUUGCCAUGGGUCUUUGUCACAUCUGUAUGGGAGGUAUCAUGAUUAUUUACGGCACCGUGGACGAACCCAGAUCGCCUUACCGCAUGCUUCCAUUGUCGCUUAGGGGCCAGAUGGCCUCCGCUGCCAUAGCGCUUUGGGUGUUUUUAAUGGUGGUAUUCUCAGCCACCGUUUCGUGUGCCUCAUGGCUCUUUACGAAUGAGAUUAUGCCUACUAAAGCGAGGGCCAAGGGAGUGAGUUUCAGCAUGGGGGUAUCCUGGCUCUGCCACGGGGGUAUUUUGCUUGGUUCUCCGUGGUUUUUGAGGUACUUGAGCUACAACAUCUUCUUCAUCUUUGGGAUUCUUUCUCUUCUCAGCUGCUUUUUCUACGCCUUUGUCUUCCCCGAGACUAGGGAUUUGAGUGAAAGGGCGAUCAAUGUGAUUUACGGGUUUCAUUCAUACCGCGACUACGAAGAGAAGCUGGGCUUUGUAGUGCAUUCUCCAGCGGGUAACUCGCCCAAUGACUUGGUUAAGCAAAAGUUGGAUAACGAGAGGGAGUAUCAGAACGGAGAUACAAAAUAUGCCUUCCGGAGCCACCAACCUUCCGGACCAUCGUUUCUAUCUUACGAACCUGGAAGCUUCUUAGGAGGUGGGGCUCCGAUGCAGCCUGAGUCGCUUGAUUGUGUAGCGGCCCUACCGGCACUGCGAGGAAAUGGCCUGUUUUACGGUAGUAAGCAGAGUUUGUUGAAGCAGUCGACCCUUAAUAGGGCUUCGAUGAUGGGUAGAGAGGUUGGUAAAGCAGACGGAAGAGGCAUGCUUAAAACCAAUCAGGCCACCAUACCCGAUUCUGUCCGAACAAAACCCUUUCAGAGAAGUCCUGCUAUGCAAACCCCCGAGAGUCUAGGAGCGAGUCAGCGAUCCAACGCUGAGGUUAAUGUUUCGGGCUCUAGUUUUCUCGGAGAGUAUUACCAAGAGUCUGACUCUCUUACACCCAAGGAUCCUUGUGUGUUAUAAUCAAUGGGGGGUUCCAAUUGCGGAGAGCUUCCCACCGUUACUGUCGUGAAUUUAUUUAUAAUACAAUCAAACACUGGGGUAUUGUCCCAAGAAUAAUGAUUUUUAUUCCG